AUGGCCGCGGCCAUCUGCGGUGGCGAGCCGGCGAAGUUCGAGGCCGGCCAUAUCUUGCUUGUAGAUGUCGGGGUCGUCGGGGGGAGGGCCCCGAGGGCAUGGUUCGACUGCUUCGCCAGCUUCCUCCGCACCAUCGGCUUCAUCACGGCCCGCUCGGAUCCCUCGUUGUUCGUGCUGCGCCAGGACGACCAGGUGGCCUACCUGUUGCUGCACGUCGACGACAUUGUGAUCACCGCGUCCACGCCGCCGCUCCUUCACCAGCUUCAGCAGCGCCUCCUCUCCGAGUUCUCCAUGAAAGACCUUGGGCCCCUCCACUGCUUCCUCGGGAUCAGCGUCGUCCGCAACGCACACGGCUUCUUCCUCUCCCAAAGCAAGUACGCCGAAGAGUUGCUGGACCGCGCAGACAUGUCGAACUGCAAGCCGGUGAGCACGCCGGUCGACACGCGCCACAAGCUCAGUCGGGACGCGGGAGCACCGGUCUCUGAUCCAUCCGAGUACCGGAGCCUGGUGGGUGCCCUGCAAUACCUCACCAUGACGCGGCCCGACCUCGCCUACGCCGUGCAACAGGCAUGUCUCCACAUGCAUGACCCGCGCGAUCAGCACCUCGCUCUGGUCAAGCGGAUUCUGCGGUAUGUCCGCGGCUCCUCUUCGCACGGCCUUCAUCUGCACCGGCCGGCCUCCCUCGACCUCGUUGCAUACUCCGACGCCGACUAG